AUGGCUGUAUCCGAUCAAUGAAAUCGUAGUACGUGAAUGUGUAAAGUAGUGUGUCGUGAAAUUAUGACUCAUAAAUAAAUAAAAAAUCAAACAAAGGGCUAUGGGCAAAGACCAAGAACUUUUGGAGGCCGCUAGGAAGGGUAAUGUUGCAGUUGUCGAGAAAAUACUCGGUCAAAGAGCUAAAAGGAGUGGUCCACUAGCAAGUCUCCGGAGAGGUCCAGGAGCAAAUGUCCAAGAUAGUAGUGGCUACUCCGCUCUACAUCAUGCUGCUCUAAACGGACAUAAAGAAAUAGUGAAAUUGCUCCUCGAACACGAUGCUUCAACUAAUAUUGUUGAUAGCAAAGGGUCCUCGCCUCUCCAUCUGGCUGCUUGGUCUGGCAAUGUUGAUAUUGUCCGGUUGUUAUUAUCGGGUCCAUCCAUGUGCAAUGUCAACUUAACGAAUAAAAAUGACGAAACUGCCCUACACUGUGCUGCUCAAUACGGUCACACUCAAGUCGUUAGCCUUUUGCUUGAACACGCGUGCGAUCCGGGAAUUAGGAACUGUCGAGGCGAGACUGCACUGGAACUGGCGGCCCAAUACGGAAGAUUAGAUACGGUGGAGCUGCUGGUUAGAACAGAUCCAUCUCUAAUCCAAUGUUUGAAGAGGACUACUCCAGAUACCGUUUUUCCUCACACACCACUCCAUCUCGCCAGUAGGAAUGGUCAUAAAGCUGUGGUGGAGGUACUUCUUCGGGCAGGCUUUAACGUCAACAUGCGUACCAAGGCUGGUACUGCGUUGCACGAAGCGGCCCUAUGCGGUAAAGUGGAAGUUGUACGUACUCUACUUGAACACGGCGUCAAUACGUCCAUUAGGGAUUCAAAUAAUUACACCGUUAUGGAUUUGCUCAGUCAGUUUAAUACGGCGCAGGCUUCGCAAGAAAUCAUACAAAUUUUGAAACGUCACAAGAGGGGGUUACCGUUAGUAGAUAGCGAUGGAGAGAGUGUCAGUCAUCCUUUUCCAACUGUGCCAAAUACAGAUUCAGAUUUAGGUAGUCCUUAUGAAAACGUACGACCGUCGUCUAAAAACGCACGAUCGGUCACUACGGACCCUUCGCCAGGAACCUCGCCCCAACGGUGGGGUGAUUUCCUCCAAAGACAUGCACGACCUCCCGAAGGCUUUGAUGAUAGGAGGGUGUCCGGAGUGUCUGGAAUAUCUAUCAUGAACCACAGAAAUGCACCAUCACGAGAUGUAAACCAAAACGAAGACACUUAUGUACCAAUGACAAAUUUAAGAAUGCGUAAUACCAAGCCUUACCAGAGCCUGCCAAUCAUGAAACGCACGAAACCUAGAUCGAUAUUAGAUGUUUGUCCACUGGAUGGCAUUACUUUUAAUUUCAAAGAACAGUUAGACCUGCGCAAAACAAGCACGACAUCAACCACUUCAUAUCAUUCUGCGACAUCUUGUGGAUUCCAUAGUAACUCUGAUUCUUCCAGGGAAUCAGAUAAUAGUUUGUAUCAAAUACCGUGCGUUCCCAAGCAGUUCAUGGAUUCCAGCCAUCAUUCGGAAGACCUCAAUUAUUUAAGCGCUAGUAGGGAAUCUGAUCAAAUCAGCAUAUCUAGUACGGCCAGUAGCUGCGGAUACUAUCCUAAAAGGCCUGAUAGUGGCGGUAUACCACUUUAUAUUCCUAUGAAUAAUCCUAAAGGAGGACAUAGUCCUGGAUCGAAUAAUAAAGUUUCUCCGACACCUCCUAAAAAACCUCCUCGUCGUAACAUAUCAAUAUCCCCUACCCAUAUCCAACCAAUGUCAAUGUCAGUGGACGGAGUUAGCAAUAACGCUUACGAGUACCUGUUUUUGGCACACAGUGGUACCAGGAGCCAAGGAAAUCUUAACGAUUUCGAUAAGGAGAACAGAAGAGAAAAGUUGAGUCAUGGGAGAAGUAUGGAUCAAUAUGUCGAGAUGAAUGUGUUCAAUAUUGCUUUGGAUGAUGAACCUGAGAGACCGAGAAGUGAAUUACAAAGAGGUAAAAGUGAAGAUUUGGACAGUAGGAAAAAACACGAACCAAUAGCAAUCACGUCAAUGUACGAAAAUAUGAUAAUCAAACAACAAAAUCCGCGAAGAAAACUUCGUAGACAUCCAGAAGUAUACGAAGAGUAUUAUUUUCCUAGGAAACAUAAAGAAGAACCAUUGGCAAGUUCGUCAGCACCUGAGACUAAUUUUGUUUCUAGUGCGUUUAUCAUGAUAUCAGACGAGAACGGCGAAAAUGUAAGUCGUUCCGGAAAAUCGGAAAAGAAGAUGACGCGAAACGAACUUUAUCCGCUGUCUCCGACACAUUACAAUCAACCUCCGACGCCGGAUCAUCCGCCUCCUUCUGCAAUGCAAGCCGAAAGUAUUAUUUACGACAAAAUUCGUCCUUUAAGUCAGGAAUACAAAAGAAGAUCCAAGGAUAUGGAGACAGAAACUGAAGAUGAAUAUCUGUUAAUCUACGACGGCUCUAGCGGCAGUUUUUCUAGCAGCGUUUCAUUGUCUGACAGAAGUGUCGAUAAUAUUUUAGAAGAAUACAAUUCGAAAGUUCCUUUCGCUGGUCUAAUCAAAGGUGCAGCAAUUAAAGUUUUGGAAAACAUCAAUCCGAAUACUCCAGUUGAACGCCCGAAGACCCUAAAAAAAUUGAAACGUUUUUACGAUAACACGAACGGAGAUGGAAUUAAAAGCGACAAUGAAAAAUCCUCGAGCUCAGAAAAGGAAUUCGAUAACAAGGAAAAUAAAGAAAAUAAGGAACAAUACAAAGACCGCGUAUCUGCCUUGAGCCCUUUCGAUGAACAGGAGGAAUGGGCUAAAAUCCAAGAGAUAAUGGCGUCCUUUGGCACUGGAAUCGUACGUGAAUCUGUUUUUGUGGCCGAAUUAGAAAAGGAAUUCCAGAGUCGGUUAAUGACAAUAAGCUGUUCACAACACAGUUUAGCUAAUUCCUCGGGGGAUAGUCCCACUACGGUAGAGAAGUGGCUACAGGGACUGGGGAUGGGGGAUUAUGUCGGACUUUUCAUGAGCAAUGGAUUCGAUGAUUUGAAUUUCUUGAAUGGUGUGAUAGAAGAAAGCGACAUCAAAGAAAUGGGCAUCACUAGCGAACUAGAACAACAACUUCUUUUAGAUGCAAUAAAAAGUUUACCAACAAAAGUUACCGAAAGUUCUUUGAACGUUUGCAAUAAUAAUAACGAACAAAAUUCUGUAAAAUCUUGGUUAAUUAAAAUUAAUUUGGAACAGUAUUACGAUACAUUCGUUAAACAUUUAUAUCACGAUAUGGAAAGAGUUAAGAGAAUAUGGGAUGUAGAAUUGUCGGCUGUACUUGAUAUAGAAAAAAUUGGACACAGAAAAAGGAUAUUAGUCAGCGUGAGCAGCGGAGAACAUAUCAUUGCUGGUCCUAAAUUAGAAGCCAUCACGGAGUUCAGUUCACUGAAAAGUAGUCAACCUCUACCCGAACUUCCGUCACCUUCAACCUAUUCAGUGAAUAGUAAUACAGGAACUAUUCGACAUCGGCAUAAAAAAUCUAGACCGGCACCACAACCACCGGUUAAAAGGGAGCAGGAGAAGAAAUCGCCGACAGAAAUUUACGUCGGCGGCAAUAAUUCCAUAAAAUCACAAUGGAGGCAUCAACCGAUUCUUCUUAUUACGGGUUUUGUUAAGUAUACUGCCAAUUAUUUAGGUUCAACAUUGAUAAAGGAAUUUAAAGGUACAGAAUCUACAAAAAAAUCAAUACAAACUGUGAUAAAUUCCAAAGAUCAUCCCAGCGAAGAAAUAUGCCUUUCGGUUUCAUACAAGGGUGUUAAAUUCAUCAACCCAACAGCAAAGAAAAUAAUCUGUGAACACGAGAUUAAAAAUAUGAAUUGCGUUUGUCAACAUAUGGAGAGCCAGUCAUACUUCGGUUACAUCACAAAAGAUUCUGAAUCAUUUUACUGUCAUGUAUUUCAAGCAGUUUCAUCGGAACAAGCCAUCGACAUCAUUCUUACUCUCGGCCAAGCCUUCGAACUAGCUUAUCAAAUGGCAGUUAGAGAUCAAGUUACAAGUAAAAGCAAAUCGCAAAAAGAUACCAUCCACAAAGCUGCGGUGAGUCCUAGUGCGAUGUCUUCGAACAGCAAAGAAUUCAAAGAUUCUACACGUCACGUUGAUGUUAAAUUAAACGGACAUCCUUUGAAGAUGAUGCCAUUGACACUUUCCAUAGCCGCGGAACCCGGAGGAGAAAACACCUUACAAACAACGCCCAAUAAAGUGAGUAAUAAAGAUGUACAGCGUUGAUAAAUUGAGACCUAACUGAGGAGUUUGGAUGAGGUUGUGCAAUUUUGUGAUUAUUUUUUUAUAGCUCUGAUGUGCUUCAUUAAAUUGGGAAAAAUUAUACAUUAAUUCAUAUUGCAUUUUUUUUUCUAUAAAUGUUAAUAUUUCUAGGAAUUGAAGAAUAAUAAUCUGCUUUAUACAUUGACUCAAGGACUAUUAUAUUUACUUUUAUUAAGAUGGUUGAUACCCUUUUUUUCUUCUUAGUUUUUUUUUCAAAAGCUAGGAAAAACUAUUGCUCGUGAAAAACUAAUAAUUUUACAUGUUUCACUUUUAAAAAAUUAUUGAAGCACAUUGAAAAAGCGUCUAAGAUAGAAUAUUAAUAUAUUACGAGACAGUGGUUAUUUUUUUUAAGCUUAAAGUUAUUUUAGUCUAGUCGAGAAAUGAGUUUUCUUCGAAAACCUGCUACAAAAGUUGGUAAAUAUUACUGUCCACAACUGCAUCUCUAAAAAUUUACAGAUAACAUUUAAUAAUUGGAUAACGUUAAAGUUUAGGUAUAGGAAAGUAUACAUAACUUUUUUCCCCUGAAUGCAUUAAAAUAGAAAAAACUGGGUGGUUAUAUUUAACAAAAUGAAGAAAUUUGAUAUUUAUGCAGUUAAAUUUUGAACACUUUUUAUACACACCCUGUAUAUAAUGAAAACUUUUUCAACAUAGAUUCAAAUACGUCUGACCUCGCUAAAAGCAACCGAAGAAAAACCAUUUUCAUAUCUUUAAGGGUAUCUUCGUAAAAACAUAAUAUAUAAGGGUUUGCAACGGUCAAAUUUUUUACAAAAAAAUUAAUAACUUAAAAAGUAUACAUUUUUCGAAAAAAGUUGUUAGACUAAAGUAUAUUUAAAUUUCACGUAGAUUUAAAAAAUGUAUUAAUAUACAGGAUGCUCCAUUUAAAAUAACAAUAUUUUAGUUAAAAGAGUUGGUAUUCGAAAACCCAAACGUAGAAAUUUUCAUGAUUUUAUUAUAAUUAUUUUGCUACAUCCAGAUAAUUCUAAAUCGCCGUGGGACAUAUAUAUCAAAAUCCUUUCUAACGUAUAGUAUGAUGUUGAGAGGUAUUUUCCUCUUAUCCAUGUACGAAUUCCUACCAUUAUUUUCCGUUUUUUGCUUUUUCUUUUGCAUCAUUCCACGUCAGAUUUCUCUCUUUAAAGAUUUUUGCAGUUGUUUUGUCCCUCUGGUCUUGCCUUUCGCUACUCGGAUAUUCUUCAUUCUGUGUAAGUGACCCCACCAGCUCAGUUGCCUCUUUUUUUAUAAAAUCCAAUACGGGUCCUACUCAGCUCUUACUGUCUGGUUUCUAAUACGAUCUUCACUGGUUAUCCUUUUUGAGGUAUUUCAUCUCCGUCGCCUGUAUCUUAGUCUUCCGUCUGUCGUUUAAGACCCAUGUCUCGCAUCCGUAUGUGAGCAUUGAUCUGUAUAUGGAGUGGUACACUUUCAUUUUUAUUGUCCUAGAUAUUUCCUUUCUAUUGAUAAAUUUGUUAUUCAUUGCAUAAUAGCAUUCAAUGGCUUUGUCAAAUCGUGUAUUAAUUUCUAAUUCUUGCUUGCCAGUAUUUUCAAUUAUAACCCCUAAAUAUUGGUAAUAAUUUACUUGUUUCGACUCAUUUAUACAUAUGUUUAGUUCCUGAUGAUCUUCUGUAAUUACCAUCACAUUUGAUUCUUUCACAUUGAUCUUCAUUACUGACUCAUUUAACUGGCAAUUACAAUUGUUAUAGAUAAAAAAUUGUAAAAAGUUGUACCAAAAUGGCAAACGCGAGUUCUAUAAUUGUUUCUUUCAGUUUCAUUUCCCUUUUAUUUUGUCGUUUCUAACCCAAUCUAACUUUGAAGAUCUAUUUGCUCUUCUUAAUGCGUCCACUUCUAUUUCUUUCUUUCGUCGUAGAUUCUCAAUUUUCAUUAUUUUUCUUUUUCAGUGUUCCAUUUGGUGAUUUGGUUGUUUAUUCCACAUAUUAUUUCUGCCCCUUCUUGGUCAAAGAUAGUUUUCACAUCUUGCUAUAAUUUCGUUGUUUUCUAGUCUUUUCGAUGUUCAUCUGCAGCCCUCCUCCAUCUCAUCCGUUCUUUAGUUUGUGUGUUAUAUAUUAUUAUACGUCAUCUCUGUAGUUUGCAGAUAAUACUUAAUCAUAUACAAACUGAGGUUAAACAGCAAAAAAAUGUCCAAAGAAAGGUUGUUAACUUAUUAGAAUAUGAAAGAUUUUUUCCGAUGUCUCUAAUGUCACUCCCGUGACUGUUGCUUCGGAUACCACCUGAUAAAUCCGACCAUGGUAAGAGGUAAUAAAUCAUGCUUUUCUAAUUACACCAUAAUUUUUUCAAAUCUUUAAAUCAAUGUUAUAUACACAAAAACAAUUUUUUUGAGUUACAUUAUCUCUACUAGUGACGCGCAGAACCCCAUAUCCAACAACUCGUAAAAAUUUAUUAACAAUUUACCAUGUCGUUUGAGAAGUCGAGACAUUUUUCAGAACGUUUCUUCCCCUUUAAAGAUAUGUUUGACAAAUCAUCCUAUCAUUUACCGUUAUCGAGUUAUAAACAAAUGUUUGAGGACUAAUUUGGUUUUUUACUCAAAAUAAUUGCAGUUCUUUUAUCAGAAAAAAUAUAUUUCUCACAAUUUUAUUCCAGAUAAAAUGAACUAUGACCAAUGAUUUCCCGGCUGUUUUUCAGCAGAAAACUCUCUUCUCGACCAUACUUUUAUUGUUUUAUUUGUUUAAAUUUCAAUUCAUUCACUCAAUAGUAUAUCCGAUCAAUUCAAAGUUUAACACGUUCCAUAGAUUUUCUAAACAUUUCCGGUCGCUUUGUGUAUUGAAGGAAUAAUUCAUAGGACAAUAUAAGAAUUUGUCUCUUGUAAAAAAAUAUAUACGGAUAUUCAACCAUUGACUCAAUAAGUCGUGUGACUAACUAAGGAAAACACAUUUUUUUGCCAAAAAUAGAUUUCAUAGAGCAAUACAGUCAUUCCAACGCUUCUCUAACUUCUCGAUGUCGUCCUUGUAGAAGGAUUUGGACGGUGGAUGAGGACUUUUUUGAUGUUUCCUUGAGUAACCACCUCAAUUGGACAAACCACCAUCAUCGGUAUCUAUACGAACGCGUUUAAAUUAAGUAAACCAUAACAAAUGGUUCUAUUAGAUGGAGCAACGUCUGGAUAACACUUUUGAAGCCAUUGCUAAGCUUGUACAGCAUUUGUUUUUUAUAAUGAAGCAAUUUUAAAUCGACCCACGAAAUUAUUUUGAAACAAUUGUAUUGAAAAUAACAGAAGUAGCUUCACUUAAAUGGCUGUCACUUUUUUCUGACUUAUCGCGAUGCCAUGAAAUUCUACACAUAGUCUUUUGAAAGUUGGUACUUCAUAAACGUCACAUGGAUUUGACAAUGACAGCGCCAUCUGUGUGGUAGUCACACGACUUAUUGACUGAUAUUUUAAGGGUUUAUAUUCUACCUGAUUCUCUAAGUAAUUUAAACGUGUUAAAUCAUUGUUUUGUCUUUUUUUUUUCAAAAACAAUUCUCGCAAAUAUUUUCAUAUAACGAGUGAGUAUAAAAAAAAGACUUUAGGUUGAAUAAACAUAUUAUUAACUUAUCCAAAAGUAAGAAAAUGACCAAAUUAAACUAUAAUUAAAUAAUAGUAUUUAAAAGUGGCAAAUAGAAACAGUAGACAGCUUCGAAAUUAUUCAAGAUCUAGUGUAAAUUAAUAUGAUCAGUUUUACUUAGUUUUAGGUGGUAUUUAAUUUUAAAAAGGUAUAAAGAAUAUCACUGCCAUAAACGUAUUUUCUUUAAAAGAAAUUAUUUAUCUAAACGAAAAUAUACAAAUAGGGCUUCAUAAAAGACGAGAUGAGUCGAGACUGGAAAAAGUUCAUGUGAGUUUGGUUUAAUUAAAAAAAAUCUUGUUUUGGUCUCUAAACCAAUAAUUAAAUAGAUUUAUUGGUUAAACCAACAAAAUAUUAUGGAAUAAGGAUCUGAAAAGUUAAUUGGGAUGAAAUUUAGAAUUAAAUGAAAAUAAACUCCGAGUAGUUGUUAGGAUUCUGGAUUAUCAUAAAAAAUAAUUAUUAUUUCUACCCAUAAAACUAAGAACUAUUAUUUACCAAUCAUUUAUUUCAAUCAGAAAAAUAAAUAUAAUAAUCACUAAAUGAAUGUAACUGGUAAUGUCAAAAAGAACUGGCAAAAGAAGUAAAAACGAAAAUCAAUAAAUGAAAGCAAAUAAUUGUAAUCCAAACAUAGUGAAUAGUAAAAGUCACACUAAAAUGGAAAUCAAGGGAUAAAAUUAGUGUUAAUUUAUUGUAAAAUGCCAGAUAUUAUCAUGAUUCCUAUACGUGGAAAACCGUUGACAAGAUAAGACAGUCCAACAAUCUUCUGAAGAAAACUAAACUAUUGAAGAAAGAGAUAUAAUUAUUUAACAUCAAUGUGACUUGAUAGGAAAAAAAAUUCUCCCUCAACUAGAAAAAACCCUGGAAGAGAAGGAUCUUCAUCGUCAUCUGACAUAAUUGAACUUAAGCUUAGCAACUUUUACCUGAACUUUACAGCUUGCUUCCAAAAUACUGUUUAUUUAAUGGACUAGUAUUUUGUAUGUAUGUACCACAAGAUAAGUACUCUGGUCACACGCUGCUGUAUCUCAUAUACACUUGUUUUUUAACAGAUGUGUACAACUGAAGAGAAUGUUAAAUCUUAAUUCUGAAUCUGGGCAAUUUGAAUUUUGCCAUCGCUUUACAUAAUCGGAACAACUAUACCAAUCUGUCUAUAUCUCUUUUGUAUUAUUUUUCCUACGACUUUUUCUUCUAAAAUUAGCUGAAGUAGAUGAUACCUCUUUUAGAAGCAUGUUUAUGAAAAGAAAACUGAUAAUUUUACGAAUAAACACACAGGUAAAAUGUGGAUUUUGAUUAAUCAUAUGCUGAUAGAGUAAGAAGAAAAGAUAGAAAAGUAUAUUGACUUUUAUGUAGAAACUAGUGUAAAGAACUAGUUCUAAAGACUGUGGGGACACAGAGAGAUCUGGAAGUGGAAAUAGUAGUAGACGAGGUGAGACAUUUUGCGUGGAAGCAUUGAGAACGACUUUCAAACCAGGAGAAGGUCGAACUAUCAGCUGUCGGUCAAACAUGAGGUAGUAAAAAUAAUCAAAAGGAUUAAACCCUUUGAACUAGUAUCUAAGCAUACCACUGGACGUGUUGUGUAGUGAAACGAAGAAAGACGAAACUAAAGAUAGUGGGCUGCCAAGGAUCGUUACGUACAUAUGCCUUCUAAAAGCCGAUCAGGUAUUGGCUUGAACCUUUUGUCAUCACUAGACAAGUUGUGAGGCUUGCUCAAGUCUAGUCUAAACACUCACAGAUGACUGUCUCCUUAAUGUACCAGCGGUUCUUUGGGUCAUCCGUGAUACCCGUAGUGUGGAGUCACCAGUCUAAUUUCGGGCUUAUUUAAUUGGAGCAGUUAUUUGGUAAGAGAGGCAGAAGGUUCAUAUAUGUUUGCCUUAGCUUGACUCAUGCCAGGUGUCUAGAUCCAUCUUCACAGAGCUUGAUUUGCAAACAGACCGUUUAGAGACGUAAUAUUAAUUCUAGUCGGUUAAACACAGAUUUUACUGGGAAAUAUUUCUCUGAUAAUUCUAUUUACAGAUUGGCUGUAGUUCAAUUCAAUAAAAAAAUAAGAAACAACAAUAUAAAAGCAUAAAAAGACAAAAUUAAAAAUACCAGAUGUGGUUAAUACAUUUAAUAUAAUAUAAUAUUUAAUGUUUUAUAUCGAAGCGACCAGAUCAAGAUAAAACAAGAAAAGUCUCGAGUUCAUGUUCGAGUUCAAGCCCUAUAAAAACGUAAAUUUAUCGUUUUCAACAUUUAGAUAAUCCAAUUCUCCAAAUAAACUUUUCUACAAUAUUAUUCCAAGCACGUUUUCAUCUUGCUACAAAAUUGUAUUAAAUUGUGAGCUAGUUCUUAUACAUUGAGAGUAUUUAGGGAGCUAGAAACUCCUGUGUAAUUAUUGAAACUAACAAAAAUGUAAUGUUUAUAACAAGGAGGUCUAUUACCAAUCAACCUACUUAAUCUUUCGUUCAUUAUUAUACUUCUUAAGUUGAGAGAAAAAAUAAAAUGUUUUCAAGACAGUUUCUAAUCGAUUCUAUUACGAUAGUGGGAUUUCAUUAAUUAUAUUCAUCUUAAUAUUGUUGUUGACUAAAAAACUUAUUACAGAAGAAGUACCAAAGACUCUUCCCGAACUUUAAUACUCAAAUUUCAACCAUUUUCAUUGAUAGGCCUUGUAAAGUGGUAAAUGGAUAUGGGAAGAUGUAUUUGGAGUAGAAUCUCUUUACCAAGUAAAGGUUAUUGAAAGAUCAACGAACGAAUA